GGUCCUUGCCUACUACGACCCUCGCGAUGACUACCGGCAUGAGCGCAUCAUGCUGGCCCGCAUCCGUGAGCGCAGAUUUGUGGUGCUCACCGCGCACUGGGACAUCUAUGAUGAGGACAUGUCCCAGGCGCUGCGGCUGCUGCCGCUGGGCCCGCGCGGGGGAAUGCCGAUCCCCGCGCCACGAGGCCAGGUGCUGCGGGUGGACAACGCCCGUCUCUCGGCGGAGCUGCAGCAGGUCUGCGACGAGGCCGCGCAGAUGGCGUCGGACAUCCGCGCUGACGAGGACCUCCCAGAUCCGCCGGUGGAGCCACGGCCGCUGGCCGACAUGGCCGCGCCGGCGGCGGCGAGGGCGCCUGGUGGCGCGGGCGGCGCAGUGGCAGCGGCGGCGCCCGGGGGCCCUCCCGCAGCGGCAGCAAGAGCGCUGGUGGCGGCGAGCUCGGCGCCCGCUGGGGCCGCUGGGCAUGGCGGCGCGGGCGGGCCCUUGCGCGCGGGGGUCCUCGCGCCGCCGCCUGCCCCCCCGCCUGGCGCGAUCUGGGCGGCGGCGGAGACGCGAGGCGAGCUGGCGCGAGUGACGCCCAUCCCGCCUGAGCUGCUCACGGCAGAGGGCCGGCCGCUGGCCAUGCUCGGGGAUCGCGGCGUGGUCGUGCUCGCGUCAGGGGCCUCACUCGCCGUGGCAGUUGCCGGCGCGCUCGAGGCGGAGCCGCCGGCGCUGGCCAGCAGCAGCGGGGGCCUCCGUACGCUGCCAGUCGUGUACUCAGUAGGGGGUUCUCGCACCAGGUCCUUCCAUGGCGCGGUGGCCAAUAUGUCGACGACGGCCGUCCCGGAUUGGAAGAUCAAGAGGCCCAGGACGGCGGCCUGGCUGCUGCAGAAGAUCUCGGAGGCUGGGUACGCGCCGUUGCAGAGGCAGUUCUGGUGGAGGUCGGUCCAAGGGCUCGCCGUUUCGGACGCGGCAGUGGACGACCGCCACUUCGCCUCGGAGGUCCUCCACGAGCUCACGACCUACGACCAGCUCAAGGCAGGUGAGCUCGUGGUGGCGGAGAUCCUGUGCCGGCGAUAUCAGCUCUGGGAGGAGAUCUACGCCUCCAGUUUGCGCGAGGCCGAGGCUGGCCAGGGCGCUGCCCCAUCCCAUGGCUGGGCGAGAGUUUGCUGCAGGGGGGGCGAGGUGCGCCUGAUGGUGAUGCCGCCUCGCUGGGUUCUGGCGAUGUCGGUCUCGUUCAAAGACGUGCUGCCCAUCCCGCUCGGCUCGGAGGUGCUCCAGUGCCUGAAGGGAUUCUCGUCUCUCGACGGCGAGCUCUCGCUGGGUCAGCGGCGCAAAGCCGCGCGCUGCAAGCGCCAGCGGCGCUGGGUGCUGGAGGGCGUCUCGGCGCUCAACGAGCUGGGUGGAGGCGGUGCAGGGCAGGUCGGCAUCUUGCGGCUCCUGCCCGAGCACCUGCAGUCAACGCUGGAGUCCGCGCAAGGGCUACUGCGUUCAGAGCAGGAAGCUGCCGCUGCUUUGGAGGGGGCUGAUAUCGCGUGUUGCGUCGACGGCAGGCUGGCCCAGAGGGGCCGUGAGUGCGGGCGGUUCCUGCGUGAGCUGUGCGAGGCGGGGAUCGUCGAAGUUUUGGAAUGUGAGACGGAUCGGAUGGAGGAGAUGGGCAUCUUCUUCGUGCCAUGCAAUUGUGAAAAGCUGAGGCUCAUCUUUGACACUCGGAGGGCGAACUGUCACUUCAGGGCGCCCGAGUACACGCGCCUGGCUUCUGGCGACGCCCUGAGCAGCUCGAAGUGCGCGCCUGGCGAGGAGGUGCACUUGGCUGCGGGCGACGUGGAGGUUUGGUUCUACCAGUACUUGCUACGUGGCUGGGCCAGGAACUACUUCUGUUUGCCGAGCGUGGCGACCCACUUGUUGCCAGCUCGGCUGUGCGCUGCCCUGGGGCCCGAGCAGCCGGGUGCGUGCCUCUCAGGGGAUUCGGACGCAGCGAAGGUCCUGUACACAGACAACUUUGCGGCCCUCAGCACCGGGCGUGAGACCUCGAUGCUAGUCGUCGCCAAGGUGCUGGAGGCGCUUGCCAGUCAAGGCGUGAAGGCAUCUUUGGACUUGGACGUUGUGCUGCUCGGGUUCACGCUGGUGCACGGUUGUAUUCAGCACUUAUUGGAGCCAGGGCGCCGCAUCACCGGGCGUCAGAUGGAGAGGCUGGUGGGGCGCAUCGUCGCGCUGCUGUUGCUUCGAAGGGAGGCGCUAAGCCUGCUCAGUGCAGUCUACGUGUUCAUCCGCGAGUCCUACGAGAAGGCGCAGCCGUUGUGGCCUAGCUGCCUGCAGGAGCUCAGGUCGGUGCUGGCCUUGUUGCCCGCAGUGUUUGCCGACGUGAAGAGGCCCUGGUACACGGGGGUGGGGGCCUUCGACGCCCCCCCGUGGGGCGCGGGCGUCUGCGCCUCUCGCUGGCCUCUAAGCUCGGCGCAGGCCGCGGCCAGGCAGCCGGAGAAGUUGCGCUUUCGUGGGCCCUUGGCGACUCUAGUUGCCCCGAGGGAUGCAGCUCUCGCCGCUGACGCCAUCGGGCUGUCGGACCCUGCGGCGCUCUUGUUGGGCCGCGCGGCGGGCUUCGUCGAGGUGGGCGCCGAGCUGCUGCGCGAUGCCACCUGGGUCACGGCUGUUGCAUGCGGGUGGAGGCGCCAGAGUGCCAUCCACAGGCUGGAGAGUUCGGCGGGAAUUCUCUGGCUGCGGCGCGCCUCUCGCAAUUCACGGUGUCUCGGGCAUCGGCUGCUCAGCCUUGGAGACAACAUGUCAAUGAUAUGUGCACAGGAAAAGGGCCGUGCCUCAGACUUCGGGCUCUUGUCUGGAUGUCGCUCUUCGUUUGCCAUCUCGGUCGCGUGCUACCUGAAGGUCCGCGCGCUGCAGGCCGCCCCGCCGCUCGGGCAGCCGGGCCUGCCGGAGCUGGCAGGCGCUUCGCCGACCCGGAAGCAAGCCGCUGGUGGUGGCGGAUCCGUCGCGAACAGAGCGCCGCCACCGCAGCCUUUCGACCAGGAACGGGCCCGCUUGCUGUCCCGCCAGGGCUUUCUGGCUGGCAACAAGGUGCGACCCUCCACUCAGGUGCUCUACCUGGAGGUGUUGCGUCUGCUGGCAGGCUGGCUCAUGCUAGACGUGCUGCCCGACUGGCCUGUCGCGAUCUGGGACGUGGUGCUUGCCGACUUCCUACUGUGGGCCUUCGACUGGGGUGUGGCUCGAGCGACAGCCGCGAGGCUGGGGGCGGCGCUGCUCUGGGGGCUUCCGCAGCUCCACGUGGCGCCCUUGCAGAGGUGUUUCCCGCAGCUGGCCCACGCGCUGGCGGGGUGGAAACGCCUUCGCCCGCCAAGCUCGCGCCCGCCCCUGCCCGAGCUGGUAGUUCGUGCGGCUGCGGCCUGGCUUGCGCACCAGCAGGUGUUCGCGAUCGCCCUCUGCGUCAUGCUGAUGUUCGAGGGGUACCUUCGGCCGUCCGAGGCGCUGGCGCUGCGGGCAGCGCAGCUCACGGGGCCCUUCGGGGCGGGCGGCAGCGCGGGCUCGCACAUGUCGGUGGUGGUGCAUGCUGCAGAACUGGGCCAGCCGGGGAAGACGGGCGAGAUGGGCUUCGCGGUGGUGCUCGACCUCCCUCGGCAGCAGGCCCUGGCCUGGGCCUUGGCGCGCCAUCGCGCCCUGCGCCCAGGCACUUGGUACCCGCUGUGGGACUUCGACUACUGCCACCUGCUGCGGCGCUUUGGCCAGGCGCUCGAGGCUGUCGGAGCCAGCUGUUUAGCAGGCGCGCUCUACAGCUUCGGCACG